AUGCAACCACCCGACCGAAAACCCCCAAGCUCAAACAUGCGCGGCCUCAACCCAAAAGAAGCGAAAUUUCUCGCUCAAAAAGGCAGACUUCCCUCAAAAGUGCCAACCCCUCUCCCAGAUCCUCUACCAGCGCAAGCCUCAGUACCAGAACCAGCGGGUCCCAGUCUAGCCCGCAAAAGGCCCUUCCAAUCCUUCUUCUCCAAUUUCCGCCAACGCAUCGCAGCUCUACCACGACCAAUUCGGCUCAUGGGUCGUACUGUUCGCGCUCUCGCCCCAGCCGUUCCUAUCUGUCUCUUCUUCUCGGAGCAUGUGAUGCAAAUAAUGUGGGUUAGUGGGCCGUCGAUGACGCCGUAUUUGAACGAGGAUUAUGAUCAGAUGCAUACGAAGAGUGAUAUUAUACUGGUGAAUAUGUGGUCGAUGCAUCGGUUAUUGCCUUGGAAGAAUUAUCGGAGGUUGGAGAGGGGGAUGGUGGUUACAUUUCGAUCACCCGCCAAUCCCUCCCAUGUCGCCGUCAAGCGCGUCGUCGGCCUCCCCGGUGAUCGCAUUACAACCCGUGAACCGUGCUUGAGACCUACGCAGAUCGUUCCUUACAAUCAUGUCUGGUUGGAGGGCGAUGCGCAGGAUCCAGACAGGUCGAUGGAUAGCAAUACCUAUGGCCCCGUCAGUAUCAGCCUAAUCACCGGCCGGGUCAUGGGUGUGCUGGGCCCCAGAAUGCGUUGGUUAGAUUGGACAACGUGGGAGUCUGGGAACGAGCCGGAUAGUCACUUGGGACCCAAUUAUCGGCAGGAAGUUCGCGACCGCGUAGUGAAGGAGGCUGUUAAGUUGGAGAGACCGCCAGACUUUUGA